UAAAAUAAUGAAAAUUGUCAAGCUGUUUUUCUCAGUCUGAGAAGUUUUCUGUCCGUUCCUUUCUCGGAUUUUACCAGUAAUAAAUGGCCUUAAAUGUUACUUAUGAACUUUAGUGUAUGUUUUAAUACACGUGGAUUCACAUAGUUUGUAAUACUGUUAAUCCAUUCCAAUUUUGUGUGUGCAAACGUGUUUAAUAAUGCGCUAUAGGAGCUCGUUCAUUUGUGUUUUUAUCACUGGUUCAGGAAAUAGAUUAAGUCGAAUGCAAUUAUGACUAUUGAAAUCACGAUCCAAUGGUCAUGUACCUGUAUUUUAAGACAAAUGAACUAUAGAUUUUUAUGUUAUUUGGAUAAAAUCGAAUCUCAGUGACCGAACUCUGGUAUAUCUCGCUCGGCACGUCACAAUUCACCAGAAAUCUGUCAAGAUCACACUGUCAGUAGGUAAGGUAGACAACCAGCCAUGGAGACAGUGCCUGUUGCUCCAGAUGACAGUGCUGGAGCGAACCCCAGCAGUGUCAAGAGUGAUGACAGCAGUCCCAGGCCUGACAGCCGGUCUGGCUCACCGCCACCAAACUGUGCCAUAUGCCUCGGCACAUGCAAGAAUAAAUCAUUCACAGACUCAUGUUUACAUCAAUUUUGUUUCACAUGUCUUCUAACAUGGAGCAAGGUGAAAGCCGAGUGCCCACUCUGCAAACAGGCAUUUAGAUCUAUCAUACACAAUGUGAGGUCUAACCAUCAAUAUGAAGAGUACUUGGUGGUGCAGAGGGAGAAUGAGGAGUUGAAUAAUCGGAUUGACAUAGACAGAGUCACCACAGCCACACAAAGGUUCAGAUACAGGACUACGCUGACGCUGCCGCGAAGGGAGACGAUUGCCAUCCAGCAGUUGUUACGUCACUACCCGUUCAUGGCGGACGUGUUCCCGCCACCAGCGACGCGCGUGGAGCCCGCCCGCCGCCGCCGCUCUCCCGCCUCCUUCCGACGCACCGUCUACAGACACAACCUCUGGGCCCGCCCUCUACCCGACUUCACUGGCAGAUUUCGUGAUUGUACACCAGAAUUCUAUAGGUAUAAUGACACACAAAUGCAUCGGUUGGUCCCUUGGCUUAACAGAGAGCUCCAUUAUUUGUUGAACGAAAAUGAAGGCCACAUUUCAUAUGUUAUGACUCGAAUCUUGGAAUUGCUACCACGACACCAUAUCAACUCGUCUGAAUUCAGAGAAGUAAUGCAGCGAUAUUUUGGAGAGAGAACAGAACACUUCUUGCAUGAACUAUAUUGUUUUGCCUCUACUCCUUACGACAUUACUGGCUAUGAUCGCAAUGUCCAAUAUACUACGGACACCAGAUUCUCUACAAUGGUAAACGAGGUUAUAUCUAGUACUGACUCUGAGGGAAGUGCAGAUUCCGACAUUGUGAUGGUUUCAAGUUCAGAACCAGCCGAACCUCCCGCGGGACCUUCGAGGUGCCCGGCGCCUGUUUAUCCAGUCGGAUACAUACCCAUGCCUUCAACAGCUAACACCGUUAUUCCUAUUGAGACCAUAGGGUCUCAAUCGGAUUCGGACGACGACGACUCCGAAGUAAUGGUCGUGGGCUAUAUCAAACCGCCUCAAGAAAGGACUCCAGAAAUUGUGGACUUGCUAGGAUCCGACAGUGACGUUAUCGUCCAGGACAAUCCGCAACCGGAGCCAGAACCAGCGAUAGCGCCACGUAUGCCAUCUGUGAAAGUGACACUGAAGCGGCACCGCACGCGGGUCGAUUCCGACAGCUCGGACAGCUCGUACCGGCCGCCCCUGCGCCAGCGACGGCGCGCGCGUCGGGCCUCUGCUUCCACCAGUGACACUAACCGUUCCACACCUUCAUACACAGCCUCUAACUCGUCAUCGCACAACCCUCGAGUCGCCGAAAAUUCAGAGACCGGUGAAAACUCGUGGCAUUCUCAUUCUUCCCCAUCCGCCUUAUCCACAGUAUCCACAUCCACAAAGUCUAGUACGACCACUGCGCGUUCCUCCUCGUGCGAUGACGAUAGCGACGAUUCCCAGUUUGUAGUUAAAAAUAAAUCAAAGAAAAAGUCUAACAGGGAAGCAACUUCUAGUAGGGAUCGAAGGAAAAGCAAAAAGAAGUCAUCACGGUCACAUCACAAAGAUAAAAAGAAUGGCCAGUCCUCAGAUAAGGACAAGAGAAGUAAGAAGUCGUAUUCGGGGAAAGGAGUAAAGUCGUCUAAAAAAGCGAGUAAUAGCUCUGUAACCUCGGAACAAACUUUACCUCCCUCCUUAGACGAACCCAGCACGAGCGGCACAAGCGGCACGUCGACAAAGGAGAAACGUAAAUCAAGCAAAGAAAGGAAACGUCAGCGACGCGACAGUCGCGAGAACAGAAGACUGAGAAGUGUUGUUAAUGUUAUGUAUAAUAGUCAUAAUAAAAAUACUAAUGGAUCAAAGUCAAGUGCAAAUCAUAAUAAUGUGUCUACAACAACUACAAGCAGGUCUGAAGCCGAGUCCACGGUUACUACUUCAAGUGGGUCACGAGUUGCCGAAGCGAGCUCAUUGAACGGCUACAGCGAGCUACCGUCGACGAGCCGUCGACAAACAGACUCCUCGUCGGAUUCUGAAGACAAUUUGCCAUUAAAUCUUACGUUACAGAAACUAGGGCCGCAUUCAUCUUCGUUAUGAACUGCCGAGUAGACGUCAUAUUGUGAUAAUUUAAUAAAACGAAAGCAUUAAAUUUUGUCUUACAUAUACUCGUAAGUACUGAUUGUGAUUCAGUCGCAUUUCACUUUCUGUAAAGUACUGGAAAAUAAUAAACCAAAGCCUUUGUGACUGCAAGUAUUUGUACAAUAACUUUGUAUGUAUAUUCACACGAAAAUGUUAGCAUGUAUGUAGUGGUUAUCUGAAAACUAUAUUAGGAAAGGUUUGUUGCUAUUUCGUCAGUGUCACAUUUAUGUUACACAAAUCCCUGAAGUGAAACACUUAGAAACUACUUGUAAUAUUUACACAAGAGCUGCUAUAAGCUAAGGCUCCAUUUUCCAUAAGAUGUGUAAGUACAACAUGACUACAGUUCUGUUGCAAUUGUUUGUGUUUUUGUAUUUAAUUUUUACUCAAAAAUUUUAGUACCAAUUCUGCCAAAAAUUGAUCAUGUAAUAUAAACAUAAUCUCCUACUUACUUCAAUUUCUUAAUUUAAUAUACGGGUAUUUAUGUAGAUUAUGGAUGAAUUCAUUUAAUGUAAGAUUUUUUUGAUAAAUACAUAGUUAUGAACAAUUUACAAGUUGUGAAUAUUGAAUGCUGUGUAAAUAGUAAAAAUGAUUUUAAUACAACAUUUAUUUGAAUCUUAAAUGAAAUGUUAAGUUUUCUCAUUUGAGCGAUAAUCGCGAUAUUAUCGAAGAACCAGAAUGUAAAGGAGAUGAAAGUGCAUUAAUUGUAGCUUUGCCUUAAAAUUAAUUCAAACAAUGAAGCACCGACUUGCGGAUUCGCUACUUUAGCCAAGCCUUUACGAUGACAAUGUUGAGAAAUAUUAUUGUUGCAGAUGGUCGUAAGGUUUACAGAGGCACCGUAUUUUACUGAUAAAGCCAGAAAAUAAAGUGAUGUAUAAAUAAA